AUCUCCUGACGUUCAAGUUCGCAGGGACGUCACGUCCGCACUUGAACUUGCAGCUCAGGGGGGCUUUUGCCAUUUUUUUCAUCUCUCUCGCUCUCCCUCUCUCUCUUUUUUUUAAAAGCCAUGACGGCUAUCCCACAAUCCAUCUUCCCUGCGCCAUCUUUGUAUUAUUUCUAAUUUAUUUUGGAUGUCAAAGGCAUUGAUGAAGAUAUUUUCUCUGGAGUCUCCUUCUUUCUAACCCGGCUCUCCCGAUGUGAACCGAGCUCGCAGCCGCCACCGCCGUCACCGCUACCAACCACCAUGUCACGCCGCAAGCAAGGCAAACCCCAGCACUUAAGCAAACGGGAAUUUUCACCCGAAGCCAUUGACAGUCUUCUUACAGAUGAUGAACCUGAGCAUGGUACAUUGGGAGCACCAGAAGGGGACCACGACCUCCUGACCUGUGGCCAGUGUCAGAUAACUUUCCCAUUGGGGGACAUACUUAUUUUUAUUGAGCACAAACGGAAACAAUGCAAUGGCAGCAUCUGCAUGGACAAAGUUGUGGAUAAGCCACCUUCACCAUCACCAAGUGAACUAAGGAAAGCAACCAAUCCUGUGGAAGUUGGCAUUCAGGUUACACCAGAGGAUGAUGACUGUUUGUCUACGUCAUCCAGAGGAAUUUGUCCUAAGCAGGAAAAUAUAGCAGGUAAAGAUGAACCCAGCAGCUACACUUGCACAAACUGUAAACAGACAUUUACCAGUGCAUGGUUUCUUCUACAACAUGCCCAGAAUACGCAUGGACUAAGGAUAUAUUUAGAAAGUGACCAUGGAAGCCCCUUGACACCACGGGUUGCGAUCCCAACAGGACUAGGUACAGAAUGUGCUUCUCAGCUGCCACUCCAUGGGAUUCACAUUGCCGAAAAUAAUCCCUUUAACUUGCUAAGAAUACCAGGGUCAGUUUCAAGAGAGAGCUCAGGUCUUGGAGAAGGUCGUUUUCCCCCUACACCACCAUUGUUCAGUCCUCCCCCAAGGCAUCAUUUGGAUCCACAUCGGUUGAGUGCAGAGGAGAUGGCCCUAGCAACUCAUCACCCUAGUGCCUUUGACAGGGUACUGCGACCUUUGGCAAUGGAACCACCAGCUAUGGAUUUCUCCAGGCGACUCAGAGAGUUAGCUGGAAACACCUCCACUCCUCCCUUAUCUCCAGGUCGGCCCAGCCCUAUGCAAAGGUUACUACAACCAUUCCAGUCUAGCAACAAGCCUCCAUUUAUGACAACUCCACCCCUUCCUCCACUACAGACAGCUCCCCCACCUUCUCAGACUCCAUUGAAAUCCAAGUCAUGUGAAUUUUGUGGGAAGACCUUUAAAUUUCAAAGCAAUUUAAUAGUACAUCGUCGAAGUCACACUGGGGAAAAACCUUACAAGUGCCACCUUUGUGACCACGCAUGCACACAAGCCAGCAAACUGAAACGUCACAUGAAAACACACGUGCACAAAUCUUCACCCAUGACUGUAAAAUCUGAUGACGGACUCUCCACAGCCAGCUCUCCUGAGCCAGGUACUAGUGAUCUGGUUGGAAGUGCUAGCAGUGCCCUAAAAUCCGUCGUAGCCAAAUUUAAAAGUGAGAACGAGCCUAAUAUGAUUCCAGAAAAUGGGGAUGAGGAAGACGAAGAUGAAGAAGAUGAUGAAGAAGAGGAGGAAGAGGAAGAGGAGGAGGAAGAGUUGACAGAAAAUAACAGUAGGCCAGAUUUUGGAUUUGGUAUUAGUUUAGAAGCAGCCCACCACCAUGAAAACAACUCCAGGCCUUGUGAUGAAAGCCGGUCCAUGCCAGACGUAAUGCAAGGGAUGGUCCUUAGUGCAGUGCAACACUACACUGAGGCAUUUCAUCAAGUCAUGGCAGAAAAGCAUAAAGUAGGACAUCAUGCUGCUGAAAUGGAUGCUCACAGAGACACCUGUGAUGAAGACUCUGUUGCAGGAGAAUCAGAUCGCAUAGAUGAUGGUACUAUUAAUGGUAGGGGGUCUUCACCUGGGGACUCUGCCUCUGGGGGAUUUUCAAAAAAACUACUUUUGGCUAGCCCGAGCUCCAUGAGCCCUUUCUCAAAGCGUAUUAAACUUGAGAAAGAUUUUGAUUUGCCACCUGCAGUUAUGCCUAAUUCAGAAAACGUUUACUCCCAGUGGCUUGCUGGGUAUGCUGCUUCUAGACAGCUAAAAGAUCCAUUUAUAAACUUUGGUGACUCCAGACAAUCACCUUUUGCCUCUUCUUCAGAACACUCUUCAGAAAAUGGUAGUUUACGAUUUUCCACCCCUCCUGGGGAAAUGGAUGGAGGGAUUUCUGGCCGCAGUGGCACAGGAAGUGGUGGAAGUACACCCCAUAUUAGUGGUCCUGGACCUGGGAGGCCUAGCUCAAAAGAGGGUAGACGCAGUGACACUUGUGAGUUCUGCGGCAAAAUCUUCAAGAACUGCAGUAACCUUACUGUCCACAGGAGGAGUCACACAGGAGAAAGGCCAUAUAAGUGUGAGCUCUGCAAUUAUGCCUGUGCCCAGAGUAGCAAACUGACCCGGCACAUGAAAACACAUGGCCAGGUGGGAAAGGACGUUUACAAAUGUGAAAUUUGUCAGAUGCCUUUUAGUGUGUAUAGUACCCUGGAGAAACACAUGAAAAAAUGGCACAGUGAUCGAGUGUUGAAUAAUGAUAUAAAAACUGAAUAGGGAUAUAAUAACAUCAAUGGUCUCUGCAGAGUUUCAUUUCUACUACAACGUAACUGAAAACAAAUGGAAGCUAAGGAUGUUAGAAAGUGCUUGUCACCAGCACACCUGUUUCUUCUUUUUUGUCACUGUUUGAAUGCAUGAUUUGUAUUGGGGCAAUACUAUUGCAUUUAUGCAAACUUCGAGCCUUUCUCUUGUGCAAUAAUUUACAUGUUGUGUAUGUUGUGUGUGUGUGUGUGUGUGUGUGUGUGUGUGUGUGUGUGUGUGUGCGUGCGUGUGUGUUUUUUUUUAAUUUUUCAUUUGGACAGCAUGUAUGGUAUGUUUGGCAGUGUUUAAAUUAUCCAUGAUUUGGUGUUGAGUAAAUGUGUCACUGUUUCCUGUUCUGUUUUAUAAAACUGGCACCAUGCUGCAAACAUUCUUAAAACAUACCGAGUUCAGUUUUGUUUUGUUACAUUGAGGGAGGCCAGUCUCUCAGUUAACCCUUUCUGGAUGGAUCAUUAAUAGUGCUGAAAAUGCUUUCUUUAUAAAAGAGAUAAAAAACAUCUCUCCUGAAAGGGUUGUUUUAAAGAAUUAAUUGGAUAUAAAAAAUGAUUUAAGUAAAGAAAAUUGCAAAUUUGUACUAUCAUUUGGUUAAAUUUUAUCUGAGUGCCUUGGAUAUAUACUGAAACUAUUUUGGAGAUUAUUCCCACUUCUUGUAAGCUUGAAGCUUCAGCCAGUGUGGGAAUAGCACACGGUCUUCAGACCUAGUGCCUGACUCAGCGGCAUAAAUUAAACAAUUAAAAAAAUAAUGGCUACUUUUAAUGGCCAAAAACGUUCGAGUUAAUCAUCAUUCUCCCUUCAUUUUUGCAAUGAACCCAUAACAUUUAAUAAUCUAAAAGUAAAUUUGUCCCUGCUGCGAGCUUAAAAGUACUGGGAGCUUUCAUCUGGAGUUCUCAAAUUCUCUGUAAACGGCAAUGAUUAUAUUAAUAUCUGUAAUAGAUGAAUAUUUUUUCCACUUAUGUUAUAUUAAUUCUGGCACAAACAAUGUCCAAGUGCACUUGAUUGCUGAAAUGAAUAUACUAACUGUAAACAUAAAGCAUAUUGUACUGUGUGAAAAGAUAAAAAAAAAAGAAAAAAAAACUGCCAUGGAUUUUAGAAGGUAACAGAACAUAAAUAAUUUUGAAUUAUGAACACUGCUUGGCAGACUUUUACCUUCUUUAAAAAUUGCCAUGUAUAGUAAGUUUAUAAGCUAAUUCCAACAGUGAUGAUUAACUACGAAUCAUUUUGUUUUUGAACUGUAAAAAAUAUUUUAAAAGAGUGGCAGUAUAUGUCUGUGCUCCCUAAAAGUCUGACUUAAUUUUUUUCAUACACUGUGUGCUAUUUGUGUUCACAUGGAAUAUGAUUCAUUGUUUUUUUUAGUUGAUUAAGCUAGCAUCAGCCCCAGUUGGUGUUCAGAUAGCACUUGACUCUGCCUGUGAUGUUUGUAUCUUUUUAAUCAGAGAUACAGAGGUUGAGUAUAAAAUAAGACUGCUAAGAUAGGACAACAAAGUGCACUGUACAAUUUUCCCAGUUUACAGGUCUAUACUUAAGGGAAAAGUUGCAAGAAUGCUGAAAAAAUGAACAUGAUCUCAUUAACGAGCAUAAAAACACUUUGCCAGCCAUUUACUUGACUAAUGAGCCUACAGCUACUUUGGACGCAACACAACAGCGCUGUGAAUGGAAACAGACUACACGUACAUAAAAUGAACGAUUGCUCUCACUUCUACAGUGCAAGAAUUUUUGUACAAAACUUUUUUUUAAGAUAUAAAUGUUAAAAUUUUUUAAAGAAUAUUUCAUUAUGUUUAGGGGGACUGUAUUUUAGGGUUCCAUUGUCUUGGUGGUGUACAGAAAUUGUUCAUCAUUUAUAAAAAGGUAGUGGAAGUUCUUUGCCUUGGAUCUACACAGCUCUUCAGGUUCUAUAAAACUUGCAUUGGGGAAAGGUUUAAGAUUAUAUAUAGUACUUAAUUUAGGAAAAUGCACACAUGGUGAUUCCUAUGCUAAAACACAUUUAUGGUCUCUACUUUUUCUGUAUUUCUAGAAUAUGGUAUUUGAAUUAAAUGUUCACCUAGUGUAGGCACUAUAGUAUUUAUAUUGAAGCUUGUAUUUUUAACUGUUGCUUGUUAUCUUAAAGGUAUCAAUGUACCUUUUUGGUAGUGGAAAAAGACACAGGCUGCCACAGUAUAUUUUUUUAAUUUGGCAGGAUAAUAUAGUGCAGAUUAUUUGUAUGUUUCAAAAAUAUUAAAAAGUGUGACAUUGUACAGUUAAAAUGCCAUCUAAUGGCAAUUUGGGGAAAACAUGCUAGAUCGUCACACUAAUAAGCAUAACAGAGAGUUGUACAUAUCUUUUUUGUUUCUUUUUUCUGCUGCCAUACUGUAUGCAGUACUGCAAGCUAAUAAUGUUGGUUUGUUCUAUAGUGUGCUUCUGCCCUUCACCUUCUUUAACCCUACAUUCCAGCAUCUCAAAUUCAUAUGCAGUAUGAAAUGUUUUGCAGUUUUUUUCAUUGCCAAAAACUAAAUGGUGCUUUAUAUUUAGAUUGGAAAGAAUUUCAUAUGCAAAGCAUAUUAAGGAGAACGCCAGCUUGAGUUGAUAAUUUUUUGUAAAUGGCAAUGCAGAAUAUUUUGUUAUUGGCCUUUUCUAUUCCUGUAAUGAAAGCUGUUUGUUGUAACUUGAAAUUUUAUCUUUUCCUAUGGGAGUCACUAUUUAUUAUUGCUUAUGUGCUCUGUUCAAAACAGAUGCACUUAAUUUGAUCUUUUAUAUAUAUUUUUUCUUUUUUUAAUGACCAAAGGUCAUUACAACCUGGCCUUUAUUUGUAUUUGUUUUGGUCUGUUGAUUUCUAUUGGAAAAACAUUGUCUUUUUUUGGCAGUUGUCUGCAUUAUCUUGUUCACACAUCCAUUUUUGUCCCUUUAUUGAAAAAAAAAUAAAAUUUUUAAAGUAUAUUGUACAAAGUCCAGUUGUUUUAUUUGAUUAUUUGGGAAAUUUUAAAUAAAAUCUUUCACCACUGUUUUUUAUGACAUGAAUUAUUGAGGCAGAAAGAAAACAUUAAUGCCUACACUAAGUGUAUGCUAAGUGUAUACAGUCUUUAUUCAAGAACAUCCCAAUCACUAUUUUUCUGCUUUCUGGUCACACAGAAAGAUUUCACUAAGUGCAUGUGUAGUUUAUACUUUUUGGUAACUUUUAUGAAUCCACCUCAAUAUUUAAGCUGCAAAAAAAAAAAAAAAAAAAAUCGGCAGGAAAACUAAAAUUAGGAGGAAGAAGGUAGGAGUUAUGCUUGUGUUGUCUGUUCAGUCAGAACAGUGUACACUUAGUGUAAGCAUUAGUAAAUCCCAGGGGUUAUAAAUAUAUAUAGAUGUUAAAAAUAAUUAUGAUUAUUUGUAUAUUUCUACAGCUAUCCAUCUGUUUAAUAUUUUAUUUUCAUAUUAUUUUUAUCUAAAACCAUGUAAGUGAAGCAAACCAUUUUAUGAGAGUCUGUUGUAAAAAAUAAUAAAGGUCUUUGAUAAACUAAUCAAUUUCAUACUUUGCUGUGCUGCCACUUUUAAGAAGCCAGUCAAUGGACAAUCUUUCCAUGAAUAUCUGGGCAGUUCUUUUUUUCUUUUUUUUAGCACACAGCACACAAUCUGAAAGAUUUUGCUUCUGUUUAUGUUGAUUCCAGUUUGUCUGUAUGUAUGUUGCUAAACAGGGUUUUUAUGUUUUUAAGAUAUAAGAAUAAAAUGUUUGUAUGGGAAAUGUA